UGUGUUUCCCAUCACAACCAAGAUGGCGGCGGAGCGGGCAGCCGGCUCCGCACAGUGACUGACACACAGAAGACGCUUUGCCCGGCCGGGUUGGACAGAUAACGGUGUCACCCUCUUAACAGGGUGGGGGGGAGGAAACAAAAAAACAAAACAACCGACCACUUCUCGUCACCUUUCCGCUACCGACUCUGCAGGACAUGAGGCAAACCCGUUAGACGACACCGACCGAAGUUAAUCUGACGUCCACAAACGAGGCAGCCGGUGGGGAUGGGAAAUGAUGGAGGACAAAGGCCCUCGUGUAGCCGACUACUUUGUGGUGGCCGGUCUGACGGACCCGUCCAAGCCACUGGACCAGGAGAUCCACUUUGAUGACGUCUGCCACAAGACCGCCAAGCCUAAGGCGCCCAUCACCGACGUGGCUGUGGUGAUCCGUUCGAUGGGCGAAGAGGCGCCGCCAGGGUACACAUGUGUAGAGGAAACCCCAAGCGGCCAUUCUGCCGACCUUAACAAUGGAGGCCUCAUGGCGCCUCAAAUCUUCCUGUGUUACAGGCGAGGCCGCGACAAGCCACCUCUCACUGACCUGGGCGUGCUGUAUGAGUGGAAAGAGCGACUGAAGCAGGGCUGCCACCUCAUCCAGACCACGCCGUCCGGUCGCCCGGCCAACAUCAGCGGGAAUUCCUCCCAGCGAAUCUACGUCACCUACCGCCGGGCGCCUGAGAGCCAGCCUCACACUGCCCUGGCCGUCACUGACAUCUGCAUAAUCAUCCCGAGCAAGGGAGAGACGCCCCCACACACCUUCUGCAAGGUGGAGAAGAACCUCAACAGCAGCAUGUGGGGCUCCUCGGUCUACCUGUGUUACAAGAAGUCUGUGGCCAAAACCAACAUGAUCGCCUACAAAGCAGGUUUAUUCAGCAGAUAUCCGGAGGAGGACUACGAGUCUUUCCCCCUGCCGGAGUCCGUCCCUCUCUUCUGCCUUCCCAUGGGGGCCACAAUCGAGUGCUGGCCAGCUAACACCAAAUACUCCCUCCCUGUUUUUUCCACCUUCGUCCUGACUGGAGCAUCUGGAGAGAAGGUGUACGGUGCUGCGAUUCAGUUCUAUGAGCCUUACCCACUGGAGUGUCUGACUGAUCAGCAGUCCUCCCAGCUGGGUCUCUUGAGCCCGGAACCAAACAGGCCGCCCGCCUCCAAGACUACGCCACCCGCCUCUAACAGCGCCGCCAACAGCCCUGCUACUCCACGCUCUGUCUACACCAACAAGUGCAUCUGUCUGCUCUCCCACUGGCCCUUCUUUGACGCUUUCCGCAAGUUCCUCACAUUCCUCUAUCGCUACUCCAUCUCAGGCCCUCACGCCCUGCCCAUCGAGAAGCACAUCUCUCAUUUUAUGCACAAAGUUCCCUUCCCUUCCUCCCAGAGGCCUCGCAUCCUGGUUCAGCUCUCCCCUCACGACAGCUUGAUGCUCAGCCAGCCGGUGUCUUCUCCUCUACCGCUCAGUGGUGGAAGAUUUUCCACGCUGCUCCAGAACCUCGGAGCAGAAAAUGCUGUCACGUUGUUGGUGUUUGCUGUCACAGAACACAAGAUCCUGAUCCACUCGUUGCGGCCUGCGGUGCUGACCAGCGUCACUGAAGCUCUGGUGUCUAUGAUUUUCCCGUUCCACUGGCCAUGCCCGUACAUCCCUCUGUGCCCGCUGGCGUUAGCCGACGUCUUGAGCGCCCCCUGUCCGUUCAUCGUCGGAGUGGACUCCCGCUACUUUGAUCUUUACGACCCCCCACCUGAUGUGAGCUGUGUGGACCUGGACACAAACACCAUCUUCCACAAUGAAGAUAAGCGAGCCCUCACAUGGAAGAUCCUGCCAAAGAAAGCCUGUAAAAACCUCAUGAAUGUGCUGAGCAGUCUCUACCAGCAGCUGGUUGACGGUCAGUGCCGGCCUGAUGGGCUGCUGGAGCUGAACAUGAGUGACAGCUCGGAGCUGAGCUGUGGAAAAAGCCUCCACACGCUGGAGCUGGAGAUCCAGGAAGCCUUCCUGCGCUUCAUGGCAGCCAUUUUGAAAGGAUACCGUUCAUUCCUGCGACCGAUCACCCAGGCACCCUCCGAGAAAGCCACGGACGCCAGCUCGCUCUUCGACUUGCAAGGUUUCUUGAAGAGCCGCGACCGCUCACACCAGAAGUUUUACUCCCUGAUGACCAAAACUCAGAUGUUCAUCCGCUUUAUUGAGGAGUGCUCCUUCGUCAGCGACAAGGACGCCAGUCUGGCCUUCUUCGACGACUGUGUGGACAAGCUCUACAAUUCAGAACGGAGUUCAGACAAAGCAGGCAAGGUGGACGGUGACAGGCCGGAGGAGGCCAGGCUGAUAGAGAUUGAUGAAUCCCAGCGCAGCGAGCACACAGUCUUCAUCACACCUCCAGAGCUGCCUCCUCUGCCCGACGGGGAGGAGUAUCCUCUCUGCUACAGAUACGACGGUUUCCCAGUGUUGAGCCUUGACCUGUUUGACCCCAUGGAGGGCCUGCGGACCCCCUCCUCCCGCCUCGCUGCCAGGCAAAGCUGUCCCACCAGCCCCGCCCCCAUGUUUAGACGCACCAAGCAGGAGAUCAAAUCAGCCCAGAAGAUAGCCAAGAAAUAUUCAUCCAUCCCCCAGAUGUGGUCCAAGUGUCUGCUGCGUCACUGCUACGGCCUGUGGUUCAUCUGCCUGCCGGCAUACGUGAAGGUGUGCCACUCCAAGGUGCGGGCGCUCCGCACCGCUUACGACGUCCUCAGGAAGAUGCAGGCCAAGAAACUUCAGCCCCCUGAUGAGGUUUGUUACCGGGUGCUGAUGCAGCUGUGUGGACAGUACGGACAACCUGUGCUGGCAGUCAGGGUCCUGUUUGAGAUGAAGAAGGCUGGAGUCCACCCCAAUGCCAUCACUUACGGCUACUACAACAAGGCGGUGUUGGAGAGUACGUGGCCCUCGAGCACCAGAGGAGGAUACUUUCUGUGGAUGAAGCUGAGAAAUGUCGUCCUGGGCGUGGCACAGUUCAAACGGGCGCUCCGACGACACGCCCCCCUCACUCAGAGCCCGCUCUCAGAUGGCAGCGACCUGGACGCUGUGAGUCACGGCAGCCUGGAUAGCUCUGCCGACACUAACCUGGCCGAGCAGGGCCCUGACUCCGCCAAAGUUUACCCCACUGACGAUAGAUCUAGCACAGCCAGCCGUGGGGGCGGCGGCGCGGGUGCCAGGGCCCCGGUGGCCCUCUCACACUGGGGGGGCUCUGAGCUCAGAGAAGCCACCCUCCAUCCAGGUGAUCAGUCAGACCUGGGUUAUAACUCGCUGUCGAAGGAGGAGGUUCGGAGGGGAGACCCCGGCGCUCCAGACUCGGCCCCCGACAAAGAAGACAAGAAGGAGAGCGACUGCAGCUCCCUAUCUGAGACGGAGAGCAGCAAGGGAAGCAAAGACUGCCUCCCCCAGCUGGAGGUGGAAGUCCAAUCCUCCUUCAAGACCAGAGGGAUCGUCCGCAGCAGUUGUGCUUUUGACGAUUCAUCGUGUAAACCCAAGAGCUCGGCCAGCGCAGGCCAUGUUGCAGGUCUCCUCUUCACUUCCUCCCUGGAUGAGAUCUGUGAGAUCAAGUCCAACAGUCUGCUCAGGAGGCAUAAGAGCGCUCUGGAGGAGGUGGUUGGCAGAGCCGGCGGUGGCUCCGCUCUCGACUGGCAGGGCGUGAGGGGCCGCCGGCUUAGCGGUGACACGGUUGGCAGCAAUGGCAGCGGCACAACUGUCCUCGGCCUGGGCAUGUGCCAGGGUGAAACCGACCCUGAAAAGAUCGCGGGACAUCUGGGGGCGGAUGUCAAAAUUCUCUCUGGUGCAAACUUCAGUAAGAAUACGAAGCCUCGAUCGCUGGUUUCGGGGAGGCAGGAGGGGGCUGCUGGUGUUGCCAGGUGUCAUGACGACAUGGAGGAGGAAGAGGAGACGGAGGGAUUGGACUCCAGUGAUGAAGACAGAAGUAAUACAGAAGCCAUUUUUGAUUUUGAAGAUCUGGAUUUGGACAACCCCUCAACAAGAGGAGACAUCAGAUCUAAAAAAUCUCAUAAAAAGCCCGUUGGACGAAGCGCCAGCUACGGAGGUGUGAACGCCGAGGCAUCCAGAGUGGCCGUCAAACGCACAGACAUCGAGAAGGGCUAUGACCCUUUGUCCCUGCUGGCAGCAGAGUCCCAUUCCGAGCAGCAAAACGAGGAUCAGGACCCAGAGGGGGACGAGGCCAGCACGCCGAGCGCCCGACGACACCUCGCCAGGGAGAUCGAGCUGUACAUGAACCACAUGGGCAGCCCGCUGAGCAGCCGCACGCCCAGUCUAGACCUACAGGACCCUUCCAGCCCCCUCCUCCUUCACCCUGCAUCCCUCUCUGCCCCCCGCAGAGCCAGCCUGCCGCACAGCUCCCCGCUCAGGGCCGCUGGAGUCCCGCGCUCCCGCACCUUCCACCCGCCCUCGCCCUCGGAAACCAUCACUCAUCAACGUCUGUGGUCGUCACCUCCACGUCGCAGCUCCAGCACCACCCCGAGCCCCAGUCCUCGACCCAGCCCGUACAGGGAGAGGACGGACAGGAUGAGCCUGGCCUCACCUUCACCCUCCUCCUCCUCCUUCGCUCUGGACACUCUGCUCACACCGACGCUCGAUGUGUUCAAGACCAGUGUGGUCUCUGCGGGGAAGGGCGUGGCAGAGAAGGCAAGCCGCUGGUAUUCCCGCCUUGCAACGUACACCACACCCACCAAGGAGGGUUUCAGUGACAGAAUGAGCGUGUCCUCUCUUGGUGUUGGAGAUCCAGACUGCUCGUCCAUGAUGGAUGAGGAAGACUGUGGGGAGUCGGGCAGCUCUGUAGUCUCUCCUCAGAGGAACGGCCCGAUGGGACCUCGCAAGAGCCCCCGACGCAGCCCCCUCCGCAGCAGACUGGACGGCCCCAGCCUGGGUAGACCCACAUCUCUGCUCCCUGGAUCUGUCCUCUCGCCUCCUGGCUUCCCUAUGCCGGAUAAGUCGGACCUCGGCUCUUCACGCUACACAAGCAACACCAGCAUCUUCAACAACUACGCCAUGGAGCUGCUGAUCUCCAGCUGUUCUCGCUGUAAGACGUGUGACUGUCUGGUGUACGACGAGGAGAUCAUGGCGGGCUGGACGGCCGACGACUCCAACCUGAACACCACCUGCCCCUUCUGUGGAAACCCCUUCCUGCCGUUCCUCAACGUGGAGAUCAGGGACAUGCGAGGACCCGGCAGGCUUUUCCUGAAGGGCAGCCCGUCGGUGGAUGAGGCGAUGACCUCAUCGUACUCGGCCUCCACAGGUCUGGACACGGGGACGUCCAACUUGUCCACCCCCUGUCCCACAACCGCCGUCUCCCCUCCCUCACCUACGAUCGCUGUCCAGGCGUGCUCAGGCGCUGGAAGAAUUCAAUCAACCAGAGGUAUCAACAUCCCCACAGACCGCCGUCCCGGGGCGCUGUCCCCUGGAGGACCCAUGGCUCGCAGUGUCAGCGCCUUUGAGCCUAUGGAGGAAACGUCUCUUCCCAGACGCUGUGUGCCGACAUCAGGCAGCCUGCCGAGCCGUCUCAAUGAAACCCCGGACCCUCUGAGUAUGGAGUGGCGGCUCCACAACCCCGAGCCGGUGACGGUUCCCUACCUGAGCCCUCUGGUUCUGUGGAAGGAGCUGGAGAGUCUGCUGGAGAACGAGGGCGACCCCGUGAUCACGGAGGCCGACAUGGUGGAUCAUCACCCCAUCAUCUACUGGAACCUGGUCUGGUACUUCAGGCGGCUGGACCUGCCCAGCAACCUGCCCGGUCUCAUCCUCACCUCUGAUCACUGCAACAUAGACUCCCAGGUCCCUCGUCACUGGAUGUCCGAGGACAGUAAACACGUCCUGAUCCAGAUUCUGUGGGACAACCUGAAGCUGCACCAGGAAGCGAUCCAGCCUCUCUACAUCCUGUGGAACACAUUCAGGCUUAAUUGUUCUCUGUUGUUAGACAAUGUGGGUUACCCUCUGUCCCGGCCGGUCGUGGAGGAGGAGAAGCCGUUCAGCGAGGAGUUGCUGCACAGCGUGGUGAGGAGCAUCCAGAGGAACGACAUCAGCCGGCCGAUGGCUCAGCUGCUGCAGCUGCUGGGACAGACGCUCGGAGUCAAGAGGCAGAGGAGUUUGUAUCGGGACGUCCUCUUCCUCUCUCUCGUGGCUCUUGGAAAAGACAACAUUGAUAUCGACGCCUUCGACCGCGAGUACAAGUUGGCCUACGACCGCCUUGUACCCAGUCUGGUGAAGCUGACCCACAACUGUGACCGUCCUCCCAGCACGGGGGUGAUGGAGUGCCGCAGGACGUUUGGAGAGCCUUACCUGUAAAAUUCACACACACACACACACACACACACACACACACACACACACACACGUCAUUGCUUGAAGACGCGCUCAGGAAACCUUUGGGAGGACUGUGAAUGUUGCACUACGGUAACGAUGUUUCAAACGGUACAGACGACAGCGCUCAGCAUUCAUGUAGCCUGAAACAAAAACAAAACGGAGGAUUCCAGAGACUUUUUCUGAUCCUACGGACGACGGAAACAAACACUCACACACGUUCAUAAACUGGACUUCAUCCUGCGCUGUUACAUGACGCUUCUACCCUGUGAAGAUGAUUUAAAUAUCCUGUAAAUACACAACAGUAGAGGAUUUUUAUAAUGCAACAUUUAUAUUGUCAUACAGCAUAUGAAGACUAAUUCUAGAAAUAUUUUAACCUGAAAUAUUUAUACAAAGUAAGCUUUAUUUAUUGUCUUGUCUUCUGUUUGGUUGUGUCCUGUGGUUGUUUGAGGCGUGUUCCUCUAAAUGAGGAUUUCAUUUCAUUAUCUGGUUUAAAAAGCUUUCAUGUGUUUUUAACCGCCCCGUCUUUAAGUCCAGUAAACUCAAUGAUGUUGUUAGCAGGAGCUAGCUGCGUCUAACACUGUGCUGUGUGCGUCUGUGGACGUUAGCUAAAGGCUCUGCUCCCUGAAACAUGAGCAGCAAACACGUUUCCAGCAGUGGAAAGAAAACCACCGUGCUCUCUGCAGCUGGAUUUCAGGUGUUAAAAUCACAUCCAGCAGUUUACUUUGUCGGUGGUCUCAAAGGGGGGCGAGUCUCCUGGCUCACCGGUCAGACUUUUACAUGAUGUAGUCUGAGCCUGGGGUACUCGUGUUAGAACUUUAAAUGUAGGUGAGAUCUGCAGCCUGAGCGCUCAUGAACUAUGACAGCGUGUCCUAACAGCAUGUGGAGUGAGCGGACAUUGGCGACAAAAUCAGCCUGAUUCAAUUGUUUCCUACUGGAGAGUCAAGACGGUCUGCGAGCCAACGCCUGGUUUUUAUUUUCAUUCCUCUCCCUCGUGUAGACAAUUAUGAGGAAGGAGGGGGCUAUCCAAGGCACUGGCAGUGUCUCUUCUUUGAUUUUCUUUCACUCAACAGAGGUUUUUAGCUUGUUAUUCAAAGGUGAGAUAGUAGUGCAUUUAUAAUAUCCAUAUCCCUGUUGAGAUGUUGUGCUUUGACUUGUGUCAACACCAGAGGAAAAACCUAAAUCAGCUCACUGCGAGACGUUUAUUAACGAGCGCUUUAUUGUUGUGAAUUGAGUCAACAGCUUGUUAAGACAAAGCGUCACACUUACCUUCAUUACAAAAUCACUAGAUGUUAAACUGAAAUUCACAGAGCAGAGAAGUAAACAUGUAACAGAUGCAGCGUGGACAGCGAGCGUAUCUAAAAGUCUACUGCAGGAGGAACGCCUGUGAUUUCUUAAAGAUUGAGAUUUUUUUAUCAUAUCUUUGUUUCUAACUUGAAAUUUUAUGAAAUGUUCUGUAAAAAAAAAAAAAAGCCAAAGUGUGCUGCAGAACUUGUUUCAAAUAUCACCUGAGUAAACAUCUCAUCAAGAGAUGAAAGUCUGCCCGAGCUUUUAUCUCAAACAUGUCGAAUUUAAACCAAAAACAGAUUCUUAUAUAUAUAUCAGUGUUUACUGGAUGUACGUAUGAUCCAGUAUGGCCGCUUCAUUACAUACAGUAUCAGUGUUUGGAUUUCUACCUUAGAUCCUCCUGGGAAGAAAAAACCCUGAACCCUCAGCUUCAAUCUUUAUUUGUAUAGCGCCAAUUCAUAACAUGUGUUUUCUGGAGACGCUUUACUAAAGAGCAGGUAAAAGACCUUUACUCAUUGUUAAGAAAAAUGGGACAGUGGGAGAUGGGAUAAGAAGCAGGAAGGAUUUCUCCUUUGUAUUCCUCGUGUUCCUGAGGUGGCGGUCAGAGCAGGCCGUGCAUGGACGAGGACGGCGGUGGUUGUGGGGACGACACAGUCCGAUGGCCUGGCUGAUACUUUAUGUCCACAUACUCAUCUCCUCUCAUAAAUGCAGAAAUGAAAAAAAAGUGACACCACUAUUCCAGGUCUGUUGUUUCUGGUGAACAAUGGAAACAAAGAAGAGUCACUGAAAAAUGGACGAGUUCAUAUUCGGUGUUAACAGGUCCUCUGAUUGAUGAAUGAACAUGCUCCAGUGUUUGUGAAGAUAAGGGAUUAUCAGGACUCAAACUUGAAUCAUGUAAAAUAAAUGCUCAUGUAAAGGUUCAUAUCUGGGAGAGUUAUCAAACUGAUCUGGUUAUCAACAUGUUGGAAGGAUUUUUUCUUCACCUACAAAAAUACUUUGUACACAUGAGCUCAUAUCAAAUUCUGCGUUUUCUUUCCAUCAACAGACCGAUGUGAUGUUUUUCUUAAUGGGUUAUUGAAGCUUUUAAAAACUGUAUUAGAGACUGUCCAAGGGAGAAAAAGACAUUUUUUGGCAGGAAAACAACUCGUAGAUGUCUCACAUACCAUCCUUAAACGUAUUUUAUCUACACUGACACUGUGGUUGACGGAGGACCCUCGAGUCUAAACUGAUAGAGGGUCUCAUGAAGGUCGACAUUGUGUGUGAUUCAUGGCAGAGAAAACUAACUCUGGAACAAGUUGCACUUUGACCCUAAGAAGUGGACUGACCACGACUGAGCAGCUGGAAAACGCUGUGAUCCAUCUGUGGACAUUUGUUGUGUAAUAGUUGUACAAAUGAAUGAUUUUGCAGAAUCUGGGGUUCAUGUACAUUUUAACUCGCCCUUUGUAGAAACCACAUUUUAUAACAGUUUAUGUGAAAAGGUCCUUUUUAGAUGUGCUGAAGGUUCUGUACAGCGAGCAGAUCUGCAGGACUGUUAAAGUGUAAAUAAAAUCACUCACACUC